CCAACUUGGCGUUCCCCUUGAACUUCAUCCUCGUCAAAAUCCGACGGACCAAGGCCCGGUAGCUUUGCUUUAUCUAUCCAACAUCUUGAUUCUCGUUCCUUUCAUCUCACACACCUACGAACCCACCACCGGCCCUUGGCCUCUACGACACCCGCAACGACAGUGCAAUGGGCGCUAUAGACGAUGCUGGGGACCUUAUCAACGACGACUCACGGACGCUGGCGCCCGAAGCCGUGGCCUCGCAGGUCGCGCUGAUGUCGGUCAUCUCCGUCGUCACAGUCCUCGCAUUCAACAUCCUCCGCCCCAAGAACAAGAUUAUUUAUGAGCCGAAAGUCAAGUACCAUGUCGGCAACAAGCCCCCUCCGCGCAUCAGCAACUCCCUUUUCGGCUGGCUCCCCCCGCUCGUGCAUACGAAGGAGCCCGAGCUCAUGGACAAGGUCGGCCUGGACGCGGUCACCUUCCUGCGCUUCCUCCGCAUGAUGCGCUGGCUCUUCACCGGGAUCGCCGUCCUCGGCUGCGGCAUCCUCAUCCCCAUCAACGUCUACUACAACCUCAAACACGUCGACAAGGAGGGCCGCGACAUCCUCAGCAUGCUCACCAUCCGCGACGUCUCCGGCAACAUCCUCUUUGCCCACGUCGCCGUUACCUACCUCAUCACCUUCCUCAUCAUCGCGUUCGUGUAUGUGCACUGGCGCGAGAUGGUCCGGCUACGCCACGCCUGGUUUCACUCAGAGGAGUACCAGCAGUCUUUCUACGCGCGGACGCUGGCUGUGCGAAAUGUGCCGAAGAAGUUCCAGUCCGACGAAGGCUUGAAGGCGAUCUUCGAGUCUGUCAAGGUUCCGUAUCCCACCACAAGCGUGCAUAUCGGUCGCAAGGUCGGGAAGCUACCCGAGUUGAUCGAGCUACACAAUGAUACCGUCCGGCAACUCGAGGAGUAUCUCGUUCGCUACUUGAAGGGUGGCAAAAUCGGCAAGAAGCGGCCCACCAUCCGGAUUGGCGGGUUCAUGGGAAUGGGUGGCAAGAAGCUCGACGCGAUCGACUACUACUCUGACAAACUGCGCCGCAUGGAGGGCGCGAUCCAAGAGUACCGCCGCCAGAUCGACACCCGCAAGGCCGAGAACUACGGCUUCGCAAGCAUGGCAGCGGUCCCCUACGCGCACGUCGUCGCGAAGAUUCUUUCCGACAAGCAUCCCAAGGGCACGGAUAUCUCCCUUGCGCCGAACCCCAAGGACAUUGUUUGGCGCAACAUGAACAUGACGGACGGCGAGCGGGCGCGCAAGUCGACCAUCGGAACGGCCAUCCUCGUCCUCGUCUGCUUCUUCAACACGGUCCCGCUGUUCAUCAUCUCGAUUUUGGCGAACUUGUCCUCGUUGACAACUUGGGUACCUUUCCUGGAAAAAUGGCAAGAGGAGAGCUCGGGCUCGUUCAACUUCGUGUCCGGUGUGCUCCCGCCGACGGUGUCUGCGCUCUUUGGAUUCUUCUUGCCCAUCAUAAUGCGCAAGCUGACGAGGUAUAUGGGUGCUCUAACGCACUCUCGCCUCGACCGGGCAGUCGUCGCGCGCUACUUCGCCUUCCUAGUCAUCUCGCAGCUGGUUGUCUUCACCCUGAUCGGUGUUAUCUUCAACUGCGUGAAGGAGAUCAUCCGACAGGUUGGGAAGAAGAGUUUUUCGGAGAUCAUCCAUAACUUGGAUACUCUUCCGGACACGAUCAACAGGACGUAUAUCGACCAGUCGUCGUACUGGCUGACCUACUUCCCGUUGCGUGGCUUCCUUGUCCUGUUCGAUCUGGCGCAGGUCAUCAACCUGGUUUGGCUCUCAUUCAAGACUCAUGUCUUUGGCCGUACGCCGCGUGAUAUCCGGGAGUGGACGCAGCCACCCGAGUUCCAAUACGCCAUCUACUACUCGAACACGCUCUUCAUGGCUGCUGUUGCGCUUGUGUUCGCGCCCCUUGCGCCACUGGUCGCUCUGGCCGCGGCGAUUGUGUUCUGGAUGAGCUCCAUCGUGCAGAAGUAUCAGCUCAUGUUCGUCUUCGUGUCGAAGGUUGAGUCCGGAGGGCGCUUGUGGAACGUGGUCAUCAACCGGCUUUUGUUCACCGUCUUGUUGAUGCAGGCGAUGAUGACUUUGACAAUUGGCCUUCAGACUGGAUGGAGCACCUUUGAAUGGUGCUCUACGCUGCCGCCCAUCCUCUUCAUCUUCAUCUUCAAGCUCUACCUUAACCGCACCUUCGUGUACAAGUUCAAGCACUACGAGCCCACGCCCGACGAGCUCCGCCUCGCCAAGGUGCACUCGGAGCGCGCGGAUUUGAAGGGCAACCGUCUCGAGAAGCGCUUCGGGCACCCGGCGCUGCACACCGAGCUGUUCACGCCGAUGUUGCACAAGAACAUGAUGCCGCUUCUUGGGCAGGUGUAUGGUGGGAAGAUGGCGUCUCAGGAUGUCAAGAUGGACGAGUACGGUGGGAAGAAGAUGGAGGCGCAGGUUGUGCAGGGCGGCAUCAGGAUUGCGGCUAUCGACCAGGCGCAACUGGAGUACGAUCCUGCGCUGUACCAGCGCGACCGCGGCGAACAGGACUGGGACGCCAAGUCGAUGACCUCAACAGCGAUCUUGGACGCGCCGUCCAUGUACAACUACAACAUGACGGACAGCCAGGCCAACCUGAACGCGGCCCGGUACCAAAACUACCUCGCACAAGGUCCAUCGCAGUCCGAGAUUGAGCUUGCGCAUAUGGACUCGCCGCACGAGCCUCUGCUCAACCCGCGUGCGCAGUUCGUCCAGCACGGUUCGUCCAUGAGCGUAAAUACGCUCGGGACACCGCCGUCGCUCUACCAAGAGCCGAUGGCCGCGCACUCGACAGCAGGAUUCCGGGAAGCGCCAUUGCACCGGAAUAUGUCCUACGACACCUAUGGGCCGGAGGCGGCGAUGGAGUACCCGCCGAGGCCACAGCAGCAGCAGUACCCGUCGGGGUACGGCAGCGACUACGGCGCGCCGACGCAGAAUAUGGCCGGGCGCGGCACGGGGCGGUUCCAACAAUGAGAGCGGUAGUGCUCUUUUGUACCCGCGCUUUGAGCAGGACCCUGCGCUCGACCCGCCCAACCGCCGUUCACUUGUUUACUACUUAUCUCUACUAACGGAUGUUGUUGGGCUCCUCGCGGCGCAUCGCGCGACGCGAGCGGAAGUUGUUUGUCUACAUACAAGGGUUGUUGCGCGGGGUGUGGCUGGCCUGUAUCAUGAUCUACCCUAUAUUGGUAUACUAAUCCUAGGGACAUUGCACUGCGGACAUGCACGAUUUAUUUACAAGAGGCGGACCGUGUAGAAACUUGACAUGUGUAUCUUUGUGCUUGCGCAAUUGUCAAAAGGCCUUUCUUUCUCCUUUCAGCUUUGGUUCUCGGCUUUCAGGGCGAUCAGAGCAGGACGAUUAAGGGCAAGGAACGAGUGAUAGGGUACGUGGAAUAAGUAGAAUAGGUAUCACGGGGGCCACGAUGGUAUAUACACAACACUCAGAACAAGCAGAC